CGUGAUAGUUGCCAGUUAUGGAAUUUCACGACGAAUUUCCAAGCACGGGUCCGCGGCGGUGAUGUAACUCAGUGCUCGUCGGGACGUGAUUGAGGGAAUUACACGAGCUGUGGUCGUAGUUAUAAAAUAAGGUAUAGAAACGCUACAAGGCACAAGCUCCACCAUGUCUCACUACGACGAAAGCCAGUCAGAACGCUUGGCCAGGAAAGCACGUGAUGCCCCCUUCAUGGUUGCGGGCUUGGCUGGCUUGGUUGGCCUGGUAGGCUACAGCAUCUACGGUUUUAAGAACAAGAAAAUCAAGACCUCUGUAUAUCUCAUCCACACCCGUGUCGCAGCUCAGGGCUUUGUUGUUGCGUGCCUUACUGCUGGUGUCUCAUGGAACCUGUUCAAGAACCACAUAUAUCCCAGGCUUUACCCAGAGGCUGUAGAGGAGAAAAAGAACUGAAUUCCCUCUAAAUUUUGAGAUAGAGCAAGCUCUACUGUAGAGAUUGAUGUGUACUUUACCCACAGACACUCAUACAUAUAUUUUUUACUUGUUCUUUUUGGUGUCUGGUCAUCAUGUGCACUCUCAUGUCAAAGUCGAUACUUUUCCCUUUUUCUCAGUCUUAUUAAUUCAUAACUUAAAGGAUAUUUUAUAUAUACAAUUGUAUAUGAUUGUAUAAUAAUUUCCUUCAUCUCAUAUAAUUUUUUCAUAUAUGCAUUUGUUUACAUUUGUAGUGGAGAAAAGUAUGUACUGAUACUUUAAUGCUUUAUGGAGGUAUUCAAUAUUAUACAUCUAUGUUUUUUCUGCUGAAAAUCCUGUUCAAAAAGUGUAUAGAGAUGGAGUGUCAGCCACAUCCCAUUUCCACAUUUUCGUGGAAGACAAAGAUAAGAAAAUUUUCCCAUUUCUAGAUGCAUUAUCGAUGUUGGAAAUCAUAUUAACCUUUGUACUCUCUGAAUACUACUUUGUUUUUCUUUUGAUUUUUCAUGGUAAUCAUGUUCAUGAUUUUAGCAGUUUCAUCAGGGGCUUUAGUUCUGUUGAUAAUACGUUAUUAUAGCAUAUUGUUGUAUUCAUGUAUGCUUCCUUUUAAAAACCAGUAGAUGGACAGCAAAAGAAAAAGGAAAAAUAUACAGCAUUCUGGAUGCAAAGGAUUUGGAAAGGCUGUGAUAGAAAGUAAGAUUUGUUCAUCCUGUCCCCUUGGCACUCCACUUUUUCAUGACCAAGACAGCAGCUGUUGCAUGUGUGGGUAAUAAGCAUAAACAGCAACUUUUAUUGAUAUUUAUUUAUUGAUUUAAUUAUUACAAUCAUUACUUCCUAUCUCCUUCAUUUCCAGUUAUUUUUGUCACAAUUUAAAAGCAGGAUUGUGUAUUAGGUCUAGAUUUCUAGCCUGAUGGUUUGAUCAUGCUUAGUGGCUGUAGUGAGCUUAUCCUUGUGGCGAUCAGAGAAGUCAUAGUGGAAUUUGAGUUAGGUGUGAGACUAAAGUUCAUUGGACAAAAUUUCAUAGUAUAUUUGUAUGUGUUCUCAGAUAUGAAUGGUGAAAUUUGGUAGAAAAGUGAGCUGUGUGACACUAACAUUAUUUUUUAACAAACUGAAUGCAUGUUUGUUUCUCAUAAUGUGGGAAUGAACUUUAUCAAAUGUGAAGUGACUUCUGUUAUUAUUACCACUAAGACAGAUGUAAUCGUCAAUUGUGGAAAAUACUGCUAUAUAGUAUGUAGUUUUCAGUUUUUAUCUUAAUCUUCUAUUUUCAGUACAAAGUACAGAUUUUCCCCCUUGUAUUGGUGCAAUUUUAUUAUGAAAAAGCAUAUUGUAAUCUUGCCUAGAUUUUUUUCCUUUCCUUUUUAUAGGAAAAUUAGCCUGGCCCUUUGCCAGACAUAUCAGGCUUCUCAAAGUAUGAUCUAUGUCAGUUUUUCUUUAUUAUGUACACAAGAUAACUUCACAUGCAGUUGACCUCCAAUGCCCAUGUUUCAGUUCAAUGUCCAUUUUACAGUCCCGGUAGGCUAACAGGAAAUUUGAUAUAUAUACUUACCAGAGAGUAAAUAUAUAUAUAUAUAUAUCUCAGAUAUUACAGGCAACAACUGUGAUUUCAGUUAUGCUGUUUUAUAUUAAAAAAAGGGUUUAGAAAAGAUCUUCAUUUACCAUAUUUCUGUAUUUUAAUGAUGUAUUGCAUAGUCAAGGCGUACUAGCACACAGGUGUAGAAAUGUGUAUAUAUAUAGAGAUUAUUCAGUCAUAAGACAAAUAAUAAAAGGCUUAUUGAUU